CAUUGCAUUGUAAUUUGUGCGAAUCUGAAAAAAUAUAUAAAAGAGCUGCAUUCGAUAUGCAACGACAUCAGUUGACUUUUGUCUUACCAAGUUCGUAGUAAGGUACUUCUUAUAGACCCAACACAAUCCAAAGCCUAAAAAUGUUCAAAUUGUUCGUUGCGAUUUCAACUCUUUGCACCUUGGUUGCAGCUCGUCCUGGCUAUCUGCACGGAGCGCCUCUACAUGCUCCCCUUCUGAGUUAUGCUCAUGCUCCAGUUGUUCAUGCAGCACCAAUCAUCAAGGCUGUGCAUGUUCUUCCCCCAGCCAUCUCACAUUCAAGCUCAACAAUUGUCCAUGGCCAUCCACAUGUUAUUGCAGCACCAAUUCUAGCUCCAGCUGUUAAAACUGUCAUCGCUCCAGCUUACCAUUCAGCUCCAUUGUUGAGUCCAUAUCAUGGUCUGCAUUUGGGUGGACAUUAUCAUUAAAUCAUCAUCAUGUUUGUACAUAUUUCAAAAUCUAUAAGCGAGUUCGAGAGGGAAUGAAAAAAAGAAGAUGAGGUGUAAAAUAAAGAGGAGUUAUCGUGAAGGAAGAUAUUGAGCUGAGUUUGGCAAGAGAUCAUCAAUAUUUUUGUACAGUUUCUUAUUUGAAAAUUAUUGUUUUGUUUUAUUUUUGUUUUUAUUUUAUUUUAUCAUCUGUUGUGCUAUUAAAAUAUAUUUUUCCAAAGUGAA